AUGGUACGAGAACGAGAUCAAGCUAACAGAAGAAGUUGUUUAGCAUUGGUUAAGCAACUUGAUGAUAUGGGCAGGAAGACCGAGAUGAAGACAUCUUGGCCAGAGUCCAUGGAAUGCGCGUUACUUUCCAGAAUGGCACCGUGGACUUGGUACAUUCGCAGACAACUCGCCGGCAUCGUAAUCGACAUCGUCAGUGCGUCUUGUCGUUCUCAGCGCCAGCCUCAGCUGCAACCCGCCAAAGGGACAAGUCAACUGUCUGUUGGUCAGUCCUGA